UCUCGCUCUAGCUCUCUCUCUCGCUCGCUCUCUCUCGCUCGCACCCUCGCUCUGCGUUCUGUCCGGGAGGAGUACGGAGAAGCCAAUAGGAUGCGGGGUUUCUAAUGGAUGCAAAUGAUCAUGAAAAGACAGUGCAAAAUAUGAAACAACUCAUUUGCAGGGAAGUAAAUCACCGAAAACUGUUUAUGAACUGGCAUCCCUUCUUCGAAAUGUAAAGCGAGGACCUCUUUAAGUGGCGGUAUAUUUUUGUUUGGGGGGUGGGGGGUGGGGGGAGGGCGAGCGAGCCGCGGCUGCCAUGCAAGCUUAGACUUUUGGAGGCUUCGCUGUCCUUUUCUAUUCCUGGAAAUCACAAAAAGUGUGGCGGCUUCAAGAUCUUCUUCGCCUUUUCUUUCUUUUCUUUUUUUCCCCCUCCUCCCUUUCCCUCUCCUUUCCUGGCGAGGGUGACUAGGAGCCGGCGAAUCCGCGUUUUUUUCUCUCUCUCUCCCUCCCUUUCCCCCUCCCCACCCCCUCCCCAACAGCCCCCAACUACAGCCGCCGCCGCCGCCGCCGCCUCAAAAUUCAAUAAAAUGAGCUCUUAUUUCGUCAACUCACUGUUCUCCAAAUACAAAACCGGGGAGUCCCUGCGCCCCAAUUAUUAUGACUGCGGCUUCGCCCAGGACCUGGGCGGCCGACCCACCGUGGUGUACGGUCCCAGCAGCGGCGGCAGCUUCCAGCACCCGUCGCAAAUCCAGGAGUUCUACCACGGGCCGUCGUCGCUGUCCACCGCUCCCUACCAGCAGAACCCGUGCGCCGUGGCGUGCCACGGGGACCCGGGCAACUUCUACGGCUACGACCCGCUGCAGCGGCAGAGCCUGUUCGGUGCGCAGGAUCCAGACCUGGUGCAGUACGCCGACUGCAAGCUCGCCGCCGCCAGCGGCCUGGGCGAGGAGGCCGAGGGUUCAGAGCAGAGUCCGUCGCCCACACAGCUCUUCCCCUGGAUGCGCCCGCAAG